AUGAUUCUUGUAUUCGCUGCAAUUCUGGAGUUAGAAGAUGAGGAAGAACGUCGUCGAAGGGAGGAGCAGGCUGCUUUAGAAGCUGAAGACGAUGAUACUGAUUGUGGUGAGACAAUAGGUGGUGAUUUAUCGUAUCCGGACGCUGACAAGCGCUCGGCUAAGAAGAAUAAGGCCAAGAGAAGAAAGGGCAACAAAAAAGGUGGGAGCGGAAGUACUGCAAGUAAGAGAAAGAAGAUGGAUGGGCCGAUGGAUGGUGUCACCGAGUUGUCUCGGAAGGUGUACGAUACCAUGGAAAAGUUAAAGGAGAUUUUCUUCGUUAUUCGUUUGCAUCGGCAUAAUUCUGCCGCAUCUCUUCCUCCUAUAGUUGACCCAGAUUCUCUCGUGCAUUCCGAGCUAAUGGAAAGCCGAGACGCCUUCCUUCAGCUCGCACGCGAGCGGCACCUCGAGUUCUCCAGUCUUCGUAGAGCUAAAUUUUCCUCUAUGGUUCUGCUUUACGAGCUGCACGUUGAGAGCCGACAGAGCUUCAUGUAUACAUGCAACGGCUGCAGCGUCCAAAUCGAGACACGCUGGCAUUGUACUGAAUGUGAAGAAUAUGAUCUUUGUGCCCGCUGCUACAAACGCGAAAAUCAUCCUCAUGUCAUGGUCAAGUAUGGCCUCGGUAUUGACGAAGAGGGUAGCGCCAACGGCGAUGGAGAUCGCUUCGGCUCGUCUAGUGGAGGGGCUGGUUCUGGCGUUAGUGGUGGUGGCAUGGGCACCGGCUCGGGAUCGGGACUUGGGGCUGGAGCUGCAGGUGGCAAUGGAGCUGGGCCUUCAGCAGCCGAUCGACGUAAUAGCAUCGAACGCUGCAUCAAGUCCCUGGUACAUGCUUGUCAGUGUCGUGAUGCAAACUGCCGGAUGCAGACUUGCACACAAAUGAAGCGCGUACUCUGCCACGCUCGAAGUUGCACUAAAAAAGCAACUGGACAAUGUGUACUCUGUAAGCAGCUACUUUCGCUCUGCUGGCAUCAUGCUCGAUGCUGUGAGGAGACGAAGUGCUCGGUGCCAUUCUGCCUUAAUAUCAAAUACCGGGUGAAGCAGCAGCUGCUGCAACAGCGUUGGCACAACACUAAAUUACUUCGUCGCAGAAUUUCCACAAUGCAUCGUGGUGAUGGUGGGAGCAGUCACUCUGGGCCGCAUCAUUCCUAUUCUACUGGCUCGAGCGGCUCUUCAGAGCCACAGGUUGUCCAUCAUUACCAGGGUCCCUCUGCUAAUGCUACAUCCAUUUCGGCUUCUGCGGUCACAGCUAGUGCAAAUACUACGGUUCCUGUUCUUUCCUACCACUCCGCGAAUCAGACCCAGCAGCUAAACCCUCUCCCUGAAACCGCAAGUUCUUCAUCUCCAUUGGUUUCUGCAUCUGCGACUUCGGUCAUUGCUUCCUCCAUAGCUUACUCGCAACAGCAAGCUCUACAGCCAACAAAUCCUAUUGUCAGUGGCGCCUCUAUGCAAGUCCGGCCCACUGCCAGUGCUUCAAAUACUUCCGUAUUGGCGCCUAACAAUGCUGGCAUGGCGUCGAUGGCGAGUGCUGCGCCUCGGGUAGUUAUGCAACAA